CCAAAUCAUUAUUUUCCAUAUAUUUGCGGCCAAGUCAGCCCGAGGCAGCAUUGAGCCAGGUCGAGAGGUCAAGUCAAGUCGCAAAUGUCGUCGUACCCCGCCAGCCCUGCCCCCACGCCGGGGCCGGCUCGACCCGUCGUCAGCGCGACGGCCGUCGCCCAGCUCAAAAAGGAUCUCGGUCUCCUCAAUGGCAAGUGUGGCAGCAGCUCGACCAAACCCUGGCCGUGUAAGUGGAAUUCGCCGGCCGCCGCUCCAGGUCCCAACAAGACUAAGGUUGAUGGCGAGCUGCUGCCGGCCCUUGUCGGCCUCACGCGGGCUUCCCCGAAUCUGCGACAGAAGCUGAAGGAGCUCGCCGAGACCUGGCAUUGCGAUCUCCACUACGACAAGGACAUCCGGGUCGGUCCCCGGGUCGAACUCUGGUUGGCCAGCUUCCCUUCUGGCAACACAAAAAUGGCAGCAGUCGCACCGCCUGCUUCUGCUGGCGGCAACAGCAAGGCACCGAGUUAUGAGCCGGUGCUGGUCCCGGCGCAGGGAAGGGCUUUGCUUUCCCCGCCGACCACCCCUCCCAAGAAGAACGUUCAUACCCCCGGCGGGAGCGUCACCACCACCAAGGCCACCAACCCUUAUUCGACCUCAAGCUCCCCGACCCCCGCGAAGUACUCGACGGCCGGUCCUGCUCCCUCCCUCCCUAGUCCCCCCGCAACACCAUAUCAUCAGGCCCAAGCGACCACCUCGGGAGCGCUUGCCUCGGCGGCGCAAAGAGAGGCCACGGCCAUGCAGCAACUGCGGGCGCGCCUGGGACUCGACAGCCGCUACUGCGGCAGCGGCAAGAAGGAUAAUCCCGAUGGAUCGUGUGGCUGUCCUUCAGCGGGUAAAGACGGCGAAAUAGACAAGCUGCUGGUGCCCCUGGCGACACUGAAGCUAGCGGACCCAGAUCUUGCGGAUCUGCUGGACCAGGUCGCCGGCAAGUGGCACUGCCAUCUUCACGCCUGGGGACGCUAUAAAGCGGAUCGGGUGGCGCGCUGGAUGACGUUGUUCCCAAUCUACGACGUUCCUGUCACUGCCACAGAUGUCUACAAGUCCGCCAGCGGGCUCAGAAAGCUUCUCGGCCUCCGAGGCUGGACGUGCGGCAGCUACCUGAAGAAGUGCGAGACGAACCCCGACCCGCUGACGGGGCCUCGCUGUAGGGCGCAGUCGAUGCCCUAUCGCAAGGGUGACAGGCACAAGGCCGCAGUCGACGAGAUCCUCGAGUCGCUAGCCGGUCUCACGCGUGCAUCGCCCGGCUUGUGGGCCGAGUUGGUCAAGCUCGCGCGGAAAUGGCAUUGCGAGUCCCACCCGGGGGUCGUCUACGCAGAGGACCGGGCCCGCGAGUGGUUGGCGCUGUUUCCGGGCGGGCCUCCGGCCGCAGCAAUCACCACUACCAAUCCCUUUGAUGAGGCCCAAAUGAAAAUAAAGGAGCUGCUGCGCCCUUUGUCGUCUCAAUGUCCCGUCAUUGCGGAGAGCACCGGCCAGCGGUGCCAAAAACUCAUCGCCGGGAGGAAUAUGCGCCAUUGCGACAACUUGGCCGACGAGAUUGCGAGGCUCGCCGUCAACCUGGAUGACGAGAAGCUCAAGAUCUCGCUCGAGCUCCUCGACCUGGUUCGGCGCUGCUCGGUGCACAACAAACUCGACGCCGCGUGGGUGGCAAAGUGGCUGUCGCAAAUCCGCGACAUCACGAGGAACCUACCGCGGGCCGCCGCUCCGGUGGGACCGUCGUCCACGCCCGCGCUGCAGUCGCUCACGGAGUUUGAGCAAGAAAUUUAUAGCAGGUCCACGCCGUCCGGCCACGACGAGUCCCCGCUGCGCAUUGUCGACCGGUCUGACGAGCCCGGAGACCACGAGUCCAUUCGCCAGCGCGUCACCAGCAAGUGGCGGGAGCCCCUGACGAAAGAAGAACAGGCAGUCGAGUGGGGCUUCCUGUACGCGUACACGGUCAAGGAGAAUUCCAAGUACGUCAAAAUUGGAUACACGUCUCGUGACGUGGCUACACGGCACAUCGAGUGGCAGACGGCUUGCGACCGGAAGGUGGCGGCCGCGUAUCCGGUGGACUCCAAAGAUGCGGUGUUGGUCCCCUAUCCGCGGCGGGCCGAGGCGCUGUGCCACGCGGAGCUAGAGGCUUGCCGGGUCCGGGUCGCGUGCGGGCCUUGCCGCGUGCAGCACGAGGAGUGGUUCGAGGUGUCGGGGGAAGUGGCCGUCGAUGUCAUUCAGAAAUGGACCGCGAGGAUGGCGAAGAAUCCGUACGGAAUGGUUUAAUAUUUUGUGAUUUGACGAACGUGAAGAUUUACGGAUG